CAAAAAAAAAGUUAAAAGGCAUUUAUUAUCAAUAUGAACAAAACGUUGCAAAGAACUGGCCAAACAUUAAAAUAUAUAAGUUUACUUACUCUUACUCUUCAAAAUGCUAUGGUUAGCCUUAGUAUGCGGUAUUCACGUAUUAGAGCAGGGGAUAUGUUUCUUUCUUCCACUGCUGUUGUAAUGGCUGAAGUUGUGAAAUUGAUUACUUGUCUUGUGUUAGUAUAUGUUGAAGAAGGAAACUUUGAGAAAUUUUACAAAGCAUUACAUACGACAAUUGUGAAGCAACCUAUUGACACUUUGAAAGUCUGUGUGCCAUCUCUCCUAUAUAUUAUUCAAAACAAUUUGCUUUAUGUUUCUGCAUCCAACUUGGAUGCAGCCACGUAUCAGGUUACAUACCAGUUGAAAAUUUUAACAACGGCCAUUUUCGCAGUGACGAUAUUACGCAAGCCUUUACAUCCCACUCAAUGGGGUGCUCUAGUGUUCUUGCUCAUUGGAGUUAUCUUGGUACAACUGGCACAAACUGUAAAGACCUCUUUACCCUCGGGCAUCGAACAAAACCAUUGGUUAGGCUUCUCUGCGGCUUUAAGCGCGUGUUUCAUAUCCGGUUUUGCAGGAAUUUACUUUGAAAAGAUACUCAAAGGUUCUGAUAUUUCAGUAUGGAUGCGGAACGUGCAAUUAAGCGUUUUGUCUAUACCAUUCGGUUUGGGCACAUGUUUCCUACACGAUAGUAAUAUCAUACGCAAGCAGGGUUUCUUUUUCGGUUAUGAUCUAUUCAUUUGUUAUCUGGUAGUUCUGCAAGCGGGCGGUGGACUGAUCGUAGCAAUGGUAGUUAAAUAUGCCGACAACAUACUGAAAGGAUUUGCCACAUCUUUGGCUAUCAUAAUUUCCUGUAUAGCUUCCAUUUAUCUGUUUGAUUUUCACUUGUCAUUUCAGUUUACUGUGGGAGCAUUCCUCGUUAUUUGCUCUAUUUUCCUUUAUGCUCAUCAGCCGAAAAUUGUAUCUCAGGAUAAGCAUACAUCUGCUGAAAAAGUCUGAUAAUAGUGAAAAUAUACAAAAGUAUUCUAAGCGAA